AUGGACGAAAUUCAGUAUCAAUAYAUCCGUUACAACAGAUAUCUUAUGAACGUUCUCGGCCAAUGGCCAUAUCAGAGUACCAUAGAAAGGUUCCUCGUCUCUGCUCUAUUCGUGCCAACUCUUGCURUACAGUUAAUUCUUCARGGUGGUGGUUUAAUAUGUGCUAUAGUUGACAUUGAUGCCUUCAUGGAAGGUGUAGCUCCUUUUAUCAUAAGUUUUAUGUGUUUAGCRAAGUAUAUCAAUUUUGCUUAUAAUUUUGAGCAAAUGAAGGAUUUAUUUACGACGAUGAUAAACGAUUGGAAAUUWUAURUGAAAUACGAUUAYGAACGUARYAUWCUCUGUCGAUAUUACGAAGUUGGAAAGAAAGCUACUUUUGCAUAUUCAGCURYUGUGUAUGGUUUGAUGUUACCWUUUAUGAUGGUACCAGGKUURAUAAAURUSGCUAAUGUUUUGGGAGUUCURAAUUCAACGGAUGACAAACCCUUGCUAUUUCGAGUUGAAUAUUUCGUCGAUGUGGAAACUUAUUAUUAUCCUUURUUAAUACAAUCWUAUUUYGGUACKAUUGGAUAUAUUACGAUUGUCGUUGCAAUUGAUACGAUUAAUCUGUUUUACGUCCAGCACGGUUGUGCAUUAUGUGAAAUUUUAGGAUAUUAUUUAGAGAACAUCGUAGAGGGUGACGAUUUAGAAAUAGAUCUAACUCCAAACGUUCAUGAUGAUAGAGCUCAUUAUGCUAUGAAAGAAUGCAUUAAACUUCAUAAUCACGUUAUACAGUACGCCAAUAAAUUGGAAGAGAAUUGUACGAUUUCACAUUUUUUUCAACUGAUGUUAAACAUGAUUGGUAUAAGUUUUACAGGAUAUCAGGCUGCCAUGAAAAUGGAUGAACCAGACGUAGCCUUAGGUUAUGGUGGUUUUACGUUAGGGUUAACGUUUGUUGUCUUCCUCGAAAGUUGGCCAGGACAGCAACUAAGGGAUCAUACUGAUCGUAUUAGCGAAUAUGCUAUCAAAGCAAAAUGGUACCAAACAUCGUUCGCUGCUAGAACAGACUUAAGAAUCAUGCUAAUGAGAUGUGUAAAACCGAUUCAAUUAACCGCUGGAAAAUUAUACGUCUUAAAUUUAGAGAAUUUUACUAGGGUUGUCAAAACGUCCUUUUCAUUUUUCACGGUUUUGCGCACCGUACAAUGA